GUCGAUAUAUUAAAUGUUAUUGCAACUGCUGAUGGGUUGUGCUGCGUAAAGUUCGCUGUUUUUUCUCCCCCAAAUCAAGAUGAGUAACUUGACAGAGUUUUGGUUGAUCUCUGCUCCUGGGGAUAAAACCUGUCAGCAAACAUGGGACAAACUCAACAUGACGACAUCCAAGCCCGCUCCGAUGUCAAUGAAUCAUAAGUUCACCAUUCCAGACCUCAAGGUCGGAACAUUGGACGUUUUGGUUGGCUUGUCCGAUGAGUUGGGGAAAUUAGACGCGUAUGUUGAGAGCGUUGCUCAUAAAUUGGCGCAUUACCUUGGAGACGUUCUUGAGGAUCAGAAAGAUCUUCUUGCAGAGAAUCUUACAGCAAGUGGAGUGGAACUGACGACCUACAUCACAAGAUUCCAGUGGGACCUAGCGAAGUACCCGAUCAAACAACCCCUUAAGAACAUCGCUGAAAUCAUCUCCAAACAAGUCUCUCAGAUGGACUCCGACUUAAAGACAAAAGCAUCUGCGUAUAAUAACCUGAAAGGCAACCUGCAGAGCUUGGAGAGAAAGGCAACGGGAAGUUUACUGACUCGUAACCUUGGCGACCUUGUUAAGAAAGAUGAUUUCGUCACAGAGUCAGAGUACCUCACCACGCUGCUUGUAGUGGUUCCAAAGCAAUCGGUUCACGACUGGGAAUCCAAGUAUGAGAAGUUGGCUGAUAUGGUUGUUCCAAAAUCAACAAGAAAAAUCUAUGAAGAUGGAGAGCAUGGACUCUUCACUGUCACACUCUUCCAGAAAGUGGUGGAUGAAUACAAAUUACAUGCCAGAGAAAAUAGGUUUACAGUAAGAGAUUUCACCUACAAUGAGCAAGCACUGGCUGCUGGAAAAGACCAACUCAACAAACUAGCAGCAGAUAAGAAAAGGCAAUAUGGUCCACUGGUUAGGUGGUUGAAGAUCAACUUUAGUGAAGCUUUUAUGGCGUGGAUCCACGUUAAAGCUCUCAGGGUGUUUGUGGAAUCAGUGCUAAGAUAUGGUUUGCCAGUCAACUUCCAACCCAUGCUUCUUCAACCCUACAAGAAAUCCCAGAGGAAACUUCGAGAGUCAUUAGCAGUACUUUAUGACCACUUAGACAGCAAUGCUGGCACGGCUACGGAUUCUGGUUAUGACAUUCCGGGCCUUAUGAUUGGACAGCAGGAGUACUACGCUUACGUCUACUAUCCAAUCAACAUCAACUUCUGGGAACGGUUAUAAGAGACCUAUCGAAGCUCUGGACAACUCAGUAUUGUGAUGUAGUUGACAAUGCUUUGGGAAGUUGUCAUCUCUAUACAUUUGUAUUUAUCUGAAAAUUAAUAUACGUGAGUAUUUAUAAAAGUAACCCUCCUACUGUUGGUGCCAUUGGUCGCAUUUUCGCAGUUGCAACAUUAACUGUUUCGUUCAAUAGCUUGUGAUUAACCAAUGGCCAAUUCAACAGAAUUAGUUAUUGGUUAUAGGCAUUUUGAUUGACCAUUCAUAAAUGGCAGUAGAAUGCAACUAGUAAGUGAAGAAGAUGUGAACACAAGAGGGCGCUAGACUGACAUGGCCCUGCUUGAUCUAAAUCACCAACCUUUGGUUUACAUAAUUAUUUCCUGAAACUCCCCAGAAAUAUAAAUAAACUCCAAUUUUUAUUCCUUUUGCUUUGGGGGUCGUGGUUGUUCUUAUUUUAUGGUGUGUUUUUACUUUUAUUACAAAACAUUUUCCUUCAAACAUGCAAUUUUAGAAUUUAUUAAAACCGUUUACAUCAAGGCCAGGAGUCGUAUAUAGCUUACUGCUUAACAAAAGUACGCGGGGAACUGGUAACCUACUAAUAUGUAUCAAAUGGUUUUAUGGCUGGGUUACCAGUUUAGUUUCUUUGCCCUCCAAAAUGGCGGGUCAAGCGAAUGUUAGCGUUAGUUUGGUUACGCCAAACCUACAAACGAUAGUGAGGCCCAAGGUUUAUCUUCUUACAUUCCUUUUGCUUUUUUUCUCAACAAUUUCUUCGAUUCAACAGGACUCUUUUACUUUAUUAAAGAAUAUCUUUGUAAACCAUGGCAGCAUUUCUCACAUUACAUCAUUACAUCAUGUAUAACAUAAUUUGUGUAAGUGCUGGCUCCAAAGUAGUAGUGUUUUAUAAGUUUUAACAAGCAUAUUCUAGUUGUCUGCGUAAAAGACUACUCCAUUUUUAUGCUACUAGCUGCUUAUUGAAGUGCUUACUGUAACAUAUCACUAGGCGAAAAAACAGUCAAGCAAUGUGCCUGAUGUAGCAUUAUGCUGAAUAAGUUGUUUCUGCUAAGCAAAUUGGAGCCAACUCAAAUUUCACUGUUCUAAUUCAUACUUUCUUGUAUUGUAUUUCCGCCUUUCAAAGUUUCAAGUCGUACUCUUUUCUUUCUGAAUUCCAGGUUUAGAACUUCUAAGUUGUCCUCCUUUUGUCGUUCAUUAUUUUGUUAUUUAAACAAAAUGUUUUCUUAUUAAUUGAUAUAAAUAUAUGUAUGAUAAAUCCUGAAUUGGUGCAAAUAGAAGUAAAACAUAAUUGUUGCGUCCCAUGUGUUGAUUGUAGCAAUAAUCCCAAACGGAACUACUUUUUUGUCAAGUCAUUGGCUAAUUAAGCAGACUUAAACGACUUUGGCUACAGCUAUGUGUAGUGGAUGCAGCUUCAGUGUUGAUGAGUAGGCCAUUUCAGUGGUCUGGCCAUAGCCACAAACCGGACUUUUAUUUAAGGGAGCUGCAACUUAAAUUUUCUUUUUCAAUUGGCAAUAUUUCUACAUUUUAUUCCCUAGGGGAAAAAAAUCAAAAUAACUUUGGAUGUAGAAUCUUAUGUCAAUAUGAAAUGAGAGCGUCUAGCAUUGCUGUAUCAUUUUAUGAAAAUACCACAAAUAACAGAGUUUUAUAAUCAAUUCAUAUUUAAAUAAGUGGUAAAUAUAAUUAAAUAAAUGUUCAAAUAAAACAUCCACAUGGUCGAGUGGUAUCAUGUAUUAGUACUGAAUACUUUGUGAAACAUUGAAAUAAAAUGUAAAUUGUGUAUACAAAUA